AUGCUGAAAGACAUUAUAGAGAGACCAUCACAAGCUCCUACUGCUCCUACUGCACCGCAGCCACGAGCUCCCGGGGGUACAGGGUUUCCAGUAGCUGUUCAUCGUUCUCAACGUCCUUCAGCAUUCGCAAAGGCAAGACAACAGCAAGCUGCACGUCAAGCCGGUCAGAAAGUCGUAGGAGAGGGAAAGGCAGUAGACGCUGUACCAGCUCUUCAAAUUUCUUCCCCCGUGUCCGAAGAUGUCAAGCACGUCAAGUUAUCAGAGGUAGACGAGGUUAGGAAGAGUGUAGAAGCUGAAAAUAUACGUCGGGUAGAAGGAAUGUCUCAAACGGAAAGAGAAGACGAGGUCGAGGAACUCAAAGAGAUUUUUGGAGGAGGAAUAGUAGAUCUCAUGCGUAAACGAAAAGAAGCCAGAGAAACGAAACAACCUCUUCUUAAGGACAGAAUGGAACCCAGUUUGGGAAAUACUGCUAGUGAACUUUCGGCCUUCGCAGAAAGUGGACCAUCAUCAAAACCUUUUGAUAUGCCCGAUACUCGAAAGAUGCUCGACGAAGUAUCCGAAGAGAACACGAGAAGGGUGCAAGAUAUGAGCAGUCUUGAGAGAGAGCAAGAAUUCGAAGAUCUGCAGGAAAGAUUUGGAGGCAAGCUAAUGGAUGCCUUGAGAAAAAGGGCUGAGCUUAAAGGUGGAAAAGGCAAGGAUAAAGACAUCGAACAAGAAAGUAACAAAGAAGUGUCAUCCCAAAGUACCCAGAUAUCAUCACAUCUCAUUGAACCCGCUCGUUCUCAAUCUGAUGAUCCGACGUUAUCAGAAUUGAAGACAUAUUUCCCUUCCGUCUCUUCCGAAUCAUCUAAACUAGCAUGGGUUCAACCUAUCCCUUCUACAACUGCAUCAUCUACAUCACCAAGAUUCGACCUUUCGGGCAACCUCCUUUCCGUUGCUCAACAAGCAGAUCUACCUUCUCAUUUAGGAUUACAUCAUCAUGGAUCAUCACCUGAUUUAGCGGGAUACACCAUUCAAGAGAUUCUGUAUCUUUGCAGAUCUAUUGUUCCAAGUCAGCGCAUAACGAUGAUGGGAGUUCUCACUAACAUCUUAUCUAAACUGAGACAAGGAAAUUUCGCGGAAGACAUCAAGGAGGAAUGUAUGAGGAACGAGGUUUCGAAAAGAGCUGUUGAGUUAGGGACAGAGAUUGUAGCUGGAUUAUCAAGAGGUAUAGGAAUUAUACAAGCUGGUGUUGAACUCCUGUUUGAAGCUUUGGGUGGUCAUACAUGGACUUGGCUCGAUGGCAAAGCGAAUGAGCCGAUUAGAUUCACAUUGGACGAUGAGAAUACAGGUGUGUCAGGUAUACCGUUCGAAGAUGUUCUCCCUCGAUUACAAGAAUUACUAUCCGUCGAAGACGGUUUAUCACCUCAAACAAUCCAGCAACUCAUCUUAAUCCUUAGAAGAGCUACUCUCAUUUCCCCUGAUACGUGCGAAACGAUAUGUCCCUUGUUUCCAGCCGUAUUGAGGGGUCAUGUAACCUCGCGUUCUUGGCCACCCAAUUCCCCCAAUGGUCACUAUCCUUCAAUAGAUGCCUUGAAGCUCUUGAAGGAAAUAACAACAUCCUCGAGAGCUUGUGCGGAAGAUUUACUCGGUCAAGGUAUAUACGAAACGACUUUGAGAUUCGUUGUGACCGCUACAUGGGAUUCGAAAGAUAUCAAUCCGGAUAUCGAACAUCACGGUCAAUCAUUAGCUUUAGAGGUACUAGAGAUAUAUUCAGUUUUAGGACGGUAUGGAUUAUCAUCAAAUGUAGUCACGUCUUCUUCUGAGGUAUGGCGUCUCUUCAGCCAAUGGAUCCGACGAUUGUCCAGCCCGACUCCGAUAGAAAGAGGCGUUAUCAAAGCAUAUUUCAAGUUAUUGGAAGUAUGGGUGACAUGUUCUAUCGAUCCUCAUCGUACGACGCCAGAACAUGAUCUAACAUGGGCACAAGUAAGUGCCAUGAAAUGGGAAGAUGAAGCUAUCACCAUGAUAGACAAGAUAAGCGGAAGGGAGGCCAACGAGGAGUUGAUAGCCUUGACGGUGGCAAUGCUUGGUGCCUGGACGAAAGGUAUUACAAUCAAUGGCGUCAGAGGCGGAGAAGAGGAAAAGACUGAUUUGCUUGGUGCACUCAAGAAGACAAGUCUUGUCGACAAGACGAAGAGUGUGUUGGCAUCGCAAUCGGACCAGGUGAAGGAACAGCUACUUGCUGCUACAGUACAACUACAUCGACUUCUUCAAGAUCAUGGGCAAUUGCUAUCAAGCGAAAUCAUUGAACAGCUCAAACAAAGAUACUUGUCUCAAGGAACUACUUCACAUAGUCGACAUAUCACAUAUUUGAGAUACGACUUGGUGAAUCUGAAUACACCUUCACCCAUCACGAUCUCCUGGCUAUCCAGUGCAUUCUCACUGUUUGAUUUAUUCCAAAUCGGAGAUGAACCUUUAGCUCUCGAUUUAUUGGACAAAAUACUCAAAGCCGAAUUAUCACCUUUAAUUCCUGAAUUAAGUGAUAUGUCGCAUUCUGAUGGAUUACAGAUCCUUCGUCCGUUAUUACAGUAUGCGAUACUUCCAAAUGUAGAAUCGAUAACAGCUCCAUAUCAACCUUGUCAUUUAUACCUCAAAGCAACUUCGACUUUAAGAUCUUCGGCUUCUCCGCGAAAUGAUGAAAAGCCAUCAUCAGCCGGAUUACCUUUGGAAAAAGACUGGAUAUUCUCUACUCUCACUGAAUUGUUACGGUCAGGUACAUCAGAAGCACUUCAACAAGUUCCACCAGAUUGGCAAGCUUCAGAGACUCAACUAGUCCAUUCAACAUUACUCCUUGCCAAAUUGAAAUACCUUGAGCCGAUCGAGAGCUUAGACAGAGCAAGAUUGAUUUUCAAUUUAAUGAAAAUACACAUGUUGGAACAUGGUCAAACGGGUUCAAACAUCCAGGAUGAAGCAGAGGUUUUCAGAGAUCCAUUCGUUUCUCAGCUCAUGUCUGAUACUAUAUCUAAACUUACCAAUCCUUCGUCAAUACAAUGUCAAUCUCAAUCUCGACUUUCAUCAGAUAGUCAAGUAAAGCACGAAGAAAUAGAUCAUAUUGCAGCUUUGGAGAAGGUCUCAUUGAAUUUCUUGGGAUCAGGAGUUCCAUUUUAUCAAUUUUAUAUUGAUUUCGUUGCGCUUUACGAAUCGAUAUCAUUUUCAGAUACCUUGUUUACUCAAUUACUGUUAUCACCUUUAACAAUGGAUUAUCCUCCUGAUUACAGGAGAUUAAUCUGGAAUGAUCAUUCAACCAGUUUAAAAGGAAUGCGAAUCGACACGUCCCAAAUACCUCUGAUCACUGCUCAAGGCAUUAGAGCAUAUUUCGAUCCUCCAGAACAAGAUCAAGAAAUUCUAACUUGUUACGCUAGAGCUUUAACGAAUCAAUGGAUUAUCAAAAAAAGAAAUGAAUUUUUGUACAAUGUAGCCAUACAUCAUUUAAGUGAAUUGUUCUGGAAUACAGAUCAAGUUUCAAGAGAUUCAAUGAGAGUUGGACUGAUGAUUAUGAUCCUGUCCAAAGGGGACGAUACGUUGAUUGGAAGUAUAUUAAGAUGCAACUUGGAAAUACUAGCAGAGGGAAUUAGUGAUGAAGAGAAAUCGAGAAGGAAGGAGUUAGUGGUGAAACUGACUGGAGAGAGAGGAAGGAAAAGAGUUGAGGAUCUAUAA